AUGCCCAGCCUCGGAGGACAACCUGGUCAAGGGCCGCCCAACGGGCCGCCAAACGGUAGCGGCGGCGGCAGACCGGAUCAGCAGCAGCCGCCAGCUCCGCCGACCGGCUUCGCGCCCUCCGGUGGGCUGCAUCCGCCCACCAACAAUCAAAUGCAGCAGCAACAGCAGCAGCAGCAGCAAAUGCAACAGCAGCAACAAAUGCAACAGCAACAGGGGGUCCCACAGCAGCAGCAAUUGUCAAACUCGCAACACUUGGGCCCGAGCUAUGCUGCUCAUCUGCCGAGUAUGGGCCCCUUCAGUGGUAACAAUGCCGUUGCAGUUGCCGCGUCCCAGCAACAACAACAACAACAGCAGCAGCAGCAACAGCAACAACAGCAACAGCAGACCGCGGGACACGCGGCCGCGAUUGCCACCGGCAACAUUCCCGAUGCCAAUCAGCCCGUCGAGCGUCUGUCGCGCCGGAUAAACGGCUACAGGCAGCGCCAGGCCGACGUCGAGCCGCGAUUCGAAAAGGCGUUCGAGGGCAUCAUCAAGCAGAACAUGAACGACACGAACAAUCUCAAGACGAAAUUCAUCGACUCCAAGCCGAAGAGGGGGUCGAAGAAGAGCGAGAAGGCGAAGCCGGCCGAUUCGACUGCUGCCGUGGUUUCUAAGUUCAAACGGCCGAUAUCACAGGAGGACGCAGAUAAUCCGACAGACUUCGAACCCACGCACAAGCGACCUUACAAUAUGACGCAGUUCCCGAAUCCGAGUUUAAAUAUACAAAAUCAACAACAACAGCAGCAGCAACAGCAACAGCAGCAGCAACAACAGAUGCAAAUGGCACAGCAGAACCAAAGAGCACAACAAGCGAUACAGGCCCAACAAGCACAAGCUCAGGGUCAGAUUCCAUCGCAAACGCAGGUGCAACAACAGGCCCAAGCUCAGGCCGAAGUAGCGCAAGCACAGGCGCAGCUACAGACACACGCGCAAACGCAGAUCAAGAGCGAAAAUAUUCCGGCGACGGUCGACUCGGUGGUCAAUUUCUUGGAAAAUGAACAGAGCGAAAAACUGUUCAUGCCGAGUAAGUUUUUCUAUCAUGGAUAUUGCAAAGAAGAAGUAAAAACGGAGAACGACAGAAGCCCGCCAAUGAUGAACAAUUCACACGUUCAGAACAAUGCGAUAGGACUCUCACCUGCUCCCGCCCAAGACAACAAUGCACUGGCUGCCGCUGGAGCUGUGGGACUGGGCGAGCAAGAUCUCAACGAUCCGCACUUCGUUGCAGAUUUCAGCGUCUAUCUUCCGGAUGACAUGAACGAGGUGGUUGAAGGUUUUGAGGCUCUCGAUCCAGACCAUUUGAUAUUUUCCAAUCCACUUAACCCACCCCUCCCGGCCGUCGAGAACAAUACCACAUCAACAAUAUCACAGGUACCAAUUACACAAUCAUCUCAAGACGCUAUGAAAAUUCAAACGGACCUGGACGAGUUCGACUCUCUGCUGGUGAAGGUCCGGGAGAAAGAAUCGGCGGGAGAAAGAUCCAAUCAAGCCUUAAUACAACAGCAAAUUCAAAAUCAACAGCAGCUCCUGGCACAGCAGCAACAGCAACAGCAGCAUCAACAACGGCAGCAGGCGCAACAACAACAGUUGCAACACCAACAACAGCAGCAGCAGCAGCAGCAGCAGCAGCAGCAUACGCAUCUGCAGCAGCAGAGAGCAGCGGCACAUCCGUAUGGUGCACUUGCACUACCACCACAGCAAACUCGGAAGAUGAAAUCGCCGAAUCAACCCAAGUCACAGCAAGCGCCCGCGUACGCGCCCAACGUGAAUGUCAACACGUUCACGAACAGGUCGCCUAUGUACAAAAUGAACGAUAACAGCGGGGCGGCACACACGCUCAAAGUCAUGGCCGACAAUCACAAAAGCAAUCAGAUCUCGCCGCCGAUUCCCGGUGUGGCGCCCGCCGCCAUGUCCGCCGCGAGUCGGAACUUGAGCGCCCGCUCGCCCUACAGCGCCGACUUUGGAUUUGGAGGCGACUUUUUACCCAACCAAGCCCAAACGACGCAGCAGCAGACGGGAAAUUUCGUGCCCAAGCAACAGCAGCAGCAGCAGCCGCAAUUUCCUCAGCAAGACUUCGUGGCGAGUAGUCCUCAACAUCCACAACAGCAGCAACAAUCCCAACCCCAACCGCAGCCACCGCAGCAACAGCAGCAACAGCCCCCACAGUCGACGCAAGCUCAACAGUUCGAGAGCAAGCGUCAAGCCAAUGCCAAAUCUUCCAUCAUCGUUAAUCAGAAUUCCAUCAGGCAGCAGCCGUUCUCGCCGUACGCCGGCAGUCCGAAUCCGAUGCCGAAUCACGGCAGCCCGGGAUACCCGAUGGCUCAGCGAUUGUCCGGCAGUGCCAGUUUCAACGCCACCUCGCCUAGACCAGUGACGGGGGCCGUGCCGUCGCCGCUGCAACAGCAGAUCUCCCAGCAAACUGGUCACAAUACUAGUCCAAAUGGCACCGUCAUCAAUCCCUACGGCGUCAACAGUUUCGAGGAUGAAAACCGAUUCCAGCAGCAGAGCAGGUUCACGGAGCAGCAGCUGCAGCAACAAAAAUUGAUGCAGCAACAGCAGCAAGUGGCAGCAGCGGCCGCAGCGGCAGCGGCGACGCAACAGCAACAGCAGUUGCAAGCACAACAGCAGGCGGCGCAACAACAGCAGCAACAGGCACUACAGGCGCAACAGCAGCAACAGGCGCUGCAGCGACAACUGCAGCUCGAUUCGACGAAUGUGGCGUUUGUCAACAAAAUGAACAAUAAUAUGAACAAUAACAUGAACCAAAUCGCUGGACUGGCGGCUCAUCGUACCCCGAGCGCCAACGGACCCAAUGCUCUUCCGGAUCAUCACGCCAAGACUUUGGCGCAAGCUCGAAACGCGCAUGCUUUCACGCAGAAGCAACAACAACAAAUGCAGCAACAUCUGAAGCAGCAGCAGGCGCUGGCCCAACAACAACAACAGCAACAGCAGCAGCAGCAGCAGCAGCAGCAGCAACAACCAACGCUGCCACCGCAAAACGCGCAACUUCCAGCGGUGCAGCAUCCGACUCUGCAACACACAUUGAGUCAAUCGCCGUUGAGCACUCAGCAACUGAUGCACCAACAGCAAAUGCAGGGCCAAACGAUGCAGCAACAAAGUUUGCAGCAUGCGCAAGUCAAUAUGAACGCGAUGUCCGGUAGCAUAGCGGUCAGGCCACCACCCCCAGAGUACAAGAAUACACAAAUAAACCAAAUGAGUAUGCCUGUGCAGCAGCAGAGGUAUCAUCAGCAAGCUGCUGGUGUGAACACGGCUGCCGCGCGUCAAAAAAUGUUGCAGCAACAAUUGCAAAUGCAACAGCAGCAGCAACAACAGCAGCAGCCCCCACAGUCGUUGCAACAGCCAAUCCAAAGUCAAUUGCAAGCGUCGUCCGCUCUCAAUAAUCAACAGGGCGGAAACUUGCUGCGCAGUCAACUCGCAUCGGCACCCAAUGUAGUUAUCAAUUCGCAAGCUGCCUACUCGAACGCGAUGAACAGCGGAGUCACAGCUCCUCCAAAUGCCACAGUUACCUCGGACAUCAUGGGCAUGACCCAAAGGGGUUAUCCAAGGAUGAACAAUCCUAGGAAUUCUGCGAUGGACAUGAAUCAGAUGAGAAUGGGCAAUCAGCAGCAGCAGCAGCAGCAGUGGAACGUGGCCUACAAUCAGCAGCAACCGCAACAGCAGCAGCAGCAACAGCCACAACAGGUACUCAACCAGGUACAAAUGCAACCGCAGCAGCUGCAACUCCAGCAACAAAUGCAGCAACAUCAGCAGCAAAUGCAAGCGGCACAGAUGCCGCAGCACCAGUUGCAACAGCAUCAACUGCAGCAGCAUCAGCAAAUGCAAAUGCAACAGCAGCAGAUGCACUUGCAACAAAAUCAACAAAUGCAGUCGCAAACAGCAGGGUUCCCCGCGAUGCAACAGUUCUCGCCCAUGGUGCACCAGCAAGCUUUGCGUCAGAGCGGUGGCGUCAUGGUCUGUACAAGUGGCGUCACCACACCAACGCAGCAAAUGGUUGUGGCUCAACAACAGCCAAAUCUGAUGCACCCAGUUACCACAACAGUGAAUUCAUUGCCUCAACAACAGCAGCAACAACCACAGCAACAACAGGAGGAUAAACAGCAGCAGCAACAGCCGCAACAAGCGCAGCAACAGUUGCCAUUUCAAAAUAAUUCGGGGGCAAGGGGUAAUGUGAGUCAACAGACGCCCGCGGCCACAAACGAACAUGAAAAUGACAUUGAUGAAAUUUUGAAUGAAAUAAACGAUCCCCCUUCCGAUUUACUCUCAGUUGAUUAUAACGAAUUGCUGAAGUACGUUCAACCUGAACAGCAAAAUCAGUAAUAACGAACCAUUGUAAUUACUUCAAUUUUAAUAUAAUUUUCAUACGUUAAGAAACUCUCUUCCGUCUCAUAUCUGCGUGCGUAUCGUUCUCGUUAUGAUGUGUAGAUAAUUCGUAAAAAAGAGGAUAUGGGAGUGGAAGAUAGGUAUUUUUAAUAAUCAACUUUGAAUUUUGUCGAGAAAAUCGUUGAAAAAUGAACGAUUUACGAUGAACUGUGGUAUAUGCGCCUUGAAGUGCCAAUAUCAAACACAUGAUAUGCCAGUAAGCAUGAAUAACACAGAGAAGAGAGUUCAUUCAUUUUUUAUUGCUCGACGUUUCGAAUGUACAUAAUACAGAAUUUUAGAGAGUUUAUGUACAAAGUUAAUAGAUAAAAAUAUUAAGCUUUAAGUGCUCUGAUCUAUAGUUCUACAUUUUUGUAGCAGCUUCGUUGAUGAGCAUUUGUAUAUAAAUUCAGAUUAAUUUUUUAAGGCGGAUAUAUUUAUUUCGUAUUUUAAUAAGAAAAUGGCUAGU